AUGCCUGCUGCCAUCGCCGCCGCCGCUGCCGCCAUCCGUGGGCCGCAGCAGGCCGCCUACGAGGAAGCAGGCUUCACUAGACGGAGCGUGCGGAUGCCGUCUGGCGAAGAGGUGUCCUAUCUCUCCCGCCGCAGCACCACUGACCCUCCCGAACGGUGUGUCGUCUUUCUGCACGGCAUGACCUCCGAUGCACUCGGCUCGGCGGCCGCCGUCGUCCCAAUCGCGAGCCGGCAGCCGCCCGGUGUGCGAAUCCUCGUUCCCGACGCCGCUGGCCACGGAAAGAGGCACGCAUGGGCGGUCCGCUCCAGCUGGGAGGGCCUCUCGCUCGACGACCACAUGUCUGACGUCGAGGCGUUCUGCGCGGCCGUUGGAGCGUCUGACGGCACCGUGCCGGUGGACCUCGUGGGGUACUCGAUGGGCGGCGCGACAGCAUUCGCGCUCGCAGCGCGGCACGUCAACGGCUCGGCGCCGGCUGCUAGCAGGUUGCCCGUGCGUCGCGUCGCGCUCCUCGCGCCGGCGCUGCUGGUGACGCAGGAGCUGUACGCCAUGACGCUCUCCGUCCAGCGCCACGGCGGCGUCGAGCGCUGCGUGUACAACUACCGCACCGAGGCGGAGGCGGAAGAGAUGCUUCGCCUCGUGGG